AUGCCCGGCCUCGCUCCCGCCGCGGGGCGGCUUGAGACCUUUCACUGCGCGCCCGGCGGUGCCUGCCCGGCCCCUGGGGUCGCCUUGCCGGGCUGGCGAUGCUUCGGCUCACUGAGGCCAAACCGGCGCGUUGGUCUCGUUCAUCAGCACAGAACAAUGGAUGAUGGGAAAAACUAUGUCUCUGCAGAAGUAUCUGAUAUGUCAGAAUCGAUUUCUUUUCUGGAUUUAGGGGGUAAAUCCUCACCUAUGGAGUCAACAGUAUUGCCUAAUACAGAGGAGCAGGAGGCGUAUCAACCUUUGAAAGUCUUCUUGAGAGUGCGGCCCUUUUCUUUAGCAGAGCUUGAAAACAAUGAAUCUCAGGGUUGUGUAACUAUUGAAGAUUCUCAGACAGUAACUCUUCAUGCACCCAAAGAGUCUUCUGCAAUGAAAAACAGUGAAAGAGGGAUUGGCCAUUCUGUACACAGAUUCACGUUUUCUCAGGUUUUUGGACCAGAAACUACUCAAAGUGAAUUUUUUGAAGGCUCAAUGAGAGAAAUAGUAAGAGCAUAUGUUAAUGGAGUAAAUGGACUAGUGUUUACUUAUGGAGUUACAAAUUCAGGCAAGACAUUCACUAUCCAAGGGUCUUCAAAAGACUUUGGUAUUUUGCCUCGCUCACUUGAUGUGAUUUUUAAGCACAUAAGGGGAAGACAAUACCUGAAGAUGAAUUUUAAACCAUAUUUGAGUAAUGAUGUUAAGAAACUAGAAGAUGCACAGGUUAAGCAAGAGGAAACCAUAAAGACUACCAUUCUUGCCUCACUAAAAGAGGUCAUUUAUCUUAAUCUAUAGUAUGGGUACUUUGUGAACAUUGAAAUAAGGCAACUUGCCACUUUUAGAACUUGGAGUAAACUGGAAGAACUUUUUGCAGCCAUCAGUACUAAGGAUACAGAAAGCAUCUUGAAUACUGUUACAAAUGCAUAUCAUUUGGAAUCUACUUCAUCUAUCAAUUCUACUUUGAAAAGUCUACCUUCUGAUUCACUAGAAAAAAACUUUGUUCCACCUGACAUAUAUAGGACUAACAUGCACCAAAGAACACAAGCAUCUGUGUGGAUUUCCUUUUAUGAAAUUUAUAAUGAAUAUGUGUAUGACCUACUAAAUGUAUUGUCUACAUCAAAAAAUCAGAAACGCAGAGUCUUAAGAAUUUGUGAGGAUCAAGGAGGAAAUUCUUAUAUUAAAGACUUAAAGUGGAUUAAUGUGCAGAGCACUGAAGAAGCCUGCAAAAUACUAAAAAUUGGAAAUAAGAACCGAAGCUUUGCAUGUACUAGAAUGAACGAGCAAUCAAGUAGGAGUCACAGUAUAUUUUCAAUCAGGCUACUGAAGCUAACUGAUGAGCAUCAGCCGCAUGUUCUUGGUGUUUCUGAACUGUCUUUCUGUGACUUGGCUGGAUCAGAGCGGUGUAAUAAAACACAAGCCUUUGGAGAUAGACUAAAAGAAGCAGGGAAUAUUAAUAAUUCUCUUCAUAUCCUCGGAAAAUGCAUUGCAGCAUUGAAGCAGAAUCAAAAUCCAAAGAUGAAGCCAAGCUAUAUUCCAUUCAGAGAGAGCAAACUGACUCGUCUGUUUCAGCCAUUCUUCUGUGGAAAAGGCAAAGCUUGUAUGAUUGUAAAUAUUAAUCAACGUGCUUCCACCUAUGAUGAAACACUACAUGUCAUGAAAUUUUCAGCUAUAGCCAAACAGGUAAUCCAGACGAUCCUACCCAAAACUUUAAGUUACUUUACCCCCAAAUUAAUUGGAAGUGAUGGCAAGCCUAUCAUACACUUUGUUAACACAUCUGUAGAGGAUUUCCCUGAUGGUACUGAAACCUCCAUGGAAGAGGAAGUAGACAUCACCAUUCUUAGUCAUGAGGAUCUCUUGAAAACUACUGAGAACCUAAAGGAAGAGCUAGUUGCAGAAAGGCAAAGUAAACUUCUCCUGGAGGUGAAGAUACGUAGAGAGAUGGCAGAAGCAAUGUUUCGACAGCUACUGGAAACAGAAGAAGCCUGGAGCAACCGCUUGGAAGAUAUGAAAGACAGUUUUGAAGAAAAACUGGAGAGCAAAUUUGAAAUGUAUAAAGAAGCCAUCAAGAAACAUGCAUAUAUGUGUGCGAUGGAACAAAUUGAAGAUCAUUAUGUUCCCAUAGAAGAAUUUCUAGCUGAGCAGGGGAAAGUUGAGGAGAGAGAGAGUAAAAUAAUGCAACUGGAAAGGCAACUUGAUGAACGAUCAGGGAGACUGGCUCCGGAAAGUCCAAGUUCAGAUGCACAGACUACAGAAAGUAACAUGGAACUGGGUCUUGCAAACAAGAAGAUGAAGAGAGCCAAUGAAGGAUUGCAGAAGCAAUGCAAAGAGAAGGAGGAGCUUAUAAAAUCUCUGAAGUUUAAAAUACAGAAACUAAAUGAAACCCUACUGGAAGCUAAUGAAGCCUACAGAAGAAUGGCAGAAGAGAACAGCAGACUGAAGCAUACAAUCAUGCUUAAGGAUCAGGAAAUGAGUAAUCUUCAAAACUGGGCUAAACGUGUUCUUGAGCUUGAAGAAACAGUAUCUUCCCUGCAGAAAGAACUUGAUGAACGCAAAAAGCAUUUGUGUGCAGAAGAUCCAAAACAGCAAAAACCGAAGAGAGGUUUGUUAGCUAACCUGAAAUCCACAGUAGCAGGAACUUCUGGUACACCUCUUGGUAAAGGCUGGGGGAAGAAUGAAGACUCUUCAACAUCUUCAAGAAAGCAAAUACCAUUGGCUCAUAAAGUAAAAGAAUAA